GCCUUCCUCACCGACCUUUAUCACGCAAAGCAUGUCUCUUCCAUUCUCUAAGGACUUGGAGAGGCUCCAUUCCUAUGAGAAGCUACGAUGGAGAGGCUGAGGAGUUUCUCCAUCAAGCCCACGAGGCUCUUGGUUUUCUCAUUCACCGUCCCCUCCUCCCUCCUCUUUUGCUUCCUUUUCUCCUUCUGGGUCCUCAACACCACCCCCUCUGGCUCGACGGAGUCUCAUCUCCGGCUCAGUGGAGGCCCCGGAACCAUAAAAGAUGAGGCCUUUGCUGGUUCCGGCGUCACUCUCUUUGUUAAUGGGUCUAAAGAUCGUAUUUGGGGAGCAAGCAUCUUGGGGGAAGCUGGCAAUUUCUCUGUGGAAGCUCUGGAUUUAGACAAGAAAGGAAAAAAUGGAAUUUUGGUGGAUGUUCAAGUGGGAGAAUCUGGUGGUUCUCCUGGGGAAGCACUAGAUUCAAUUAAUAACGGGGAAGUUGCCAUUUUUAAUGAUGCCCAUUUGAAAGGGAUUAUUAAUUCCUCUGACGAAGCUUUAGAUUCAGUUAACGAGAGGAAGAACAGCGAUCUGGCUGUCUCCGACCCAAGGGAAAGCUCUGAUUUGUCUCAGGAAGGUCUAGGUUCGAGUACUCCGGGGGCUGAUGGGAAAAGCGCCGAGUUUGAUGCUCAUAAGGUGAGAAAUGAGAACUUUUUGGCUGACAAUUUGAUCAGAGAUGCGAACUCUUAUAAUGCCAAUGGGAAAAAUAUAUCUUCAGUUGUGGAGAAAAUUGAGGGUAAGCGUGCAAACACAUGUGAUGUUUCUCAUGGAAGAUGGGUUUUUGAUGAGAGCUAUCCUCUAUAUACAAGCAACUCUUGCCCCUUUAUAGAUGAAGGAUUUAACUGUGAGGCUAAUGGGAGAAUGGAUAAAGACUACAUGAAGUGGAGGUGGCAGCCAUAUAAUUGCAACAUCUCAAGGUUGGACCCUAUAAAAAUGCUGGAGUUGAUUAGAGGAAAGAGACUGGUAUUUGUGGGGGAUUCUAUUAACAGGAACCAGUGGGAAUCCAUGCUUUGUUUGUUACAAGGUGCUGUCUCAGAUCCUAGGCGAGUUUAUGAAGCUCGUGGGCGGAGGAUCACGAAAAACAAGGGAAUUUAUAAUUUCAAAUUUCCGGACUACCAAUGCAGUGUUGAGUACUAUGCAACUCAUUUCUUGGUUCGUGAGAGUAAGGCAAGAGUACAACAGAGGCGGAUGAAAACUCUACGAAUUGAUGCCAUUGACAGGAGUUCGUUGAGAUGGAGAGGAGCUGAUAUCCUUGUAUUUAAUACUGCUCAUUGGUGGUCACACUACAAAACAAAAGCUGGAAUAAGUUACUACCAGGAAGGAGACCUGGUUCAUCCCCACCUUGAUGUGUCUACCGCUUUCAGAAAAGCUUUGACGACUUGGGCAUCCUGGGUUGACCAACAUGCUGCUCCAGGGAAAACUCAAGUUUUCUUCAGAAGUUCAGCACCGUCACAUUUCAGUGGUGGUGAAUGGAAUUCUGGGGGACACUGCAAAGAGAGCACCCAGCCCCUAAAUGACACUUCUGGCCGACAAAUUACUGAAAAGAACAUGAUCUUGGAGCAGGUUGUAAAGCAAAUGAAAACCCCAGUAACUAUCCUGAACAUAACUAACUUAUCUGGACUUCGAAUAGAUGGUCACCCAUCUAUAUAUGGGAGAAAACCUGAGAGAGGACCCCCAACAAGCAUUCAGGACUGCAGCCAUUGGUGCCUUCCUGGAGUUCCAGAUGCAUGGAAUGAGCUGCUAUAUUUUCAUCUACUAUCUAGACGAGUACCAGUUUCUACAGGUUAGUAAUGAUAGUCUAGUGACAUUCAAUUCCUCCUAUGCCUUGAAUUGUUCAUGAUUUUUUUUUAAAGCUCCCUACUUUAUACAACAAGUGCCUGUAAUACUUGCUUAUGUAUUGAUUGGAAUAAUUAGCAUGUGAUGGUGAAACUUAUGGAAGAAAGAGGAGCAAGAAUAUUUGGGGUCAGACUGCUGUUUUGUAUAUCCUUUCUGCUGUAUUUCAUGUAGAAUAUUAAGUUAAUCAAAUUAUUUUCUAAUUUAUGAUA